GUGAGACUCAAAGAUAGUGAAUAAAUGUGUAAAAUUGUUAUGAUUUGGUUGUUUCUAAAAGUUUAAUAUAGCCAUAUAUAGGUCUACUACAAAAUGAUAAAGUCUGCACUUAUCGCGCUGGUUAUGACUCUACUAGCACGAAUGUUAUACGAUCCGAUGAUAACAAACGAUGUGUCGGAGGAAUACGACUUCAUUGUUGUUGGCGGAGGUGCAUCAGGAGCUGUUGUUGCAAGAGAACUUUCAGACAAAACUGGAAUGACGGUGUUACUGCUGGAAGCGGGUGACUCAGAUUGGAGCAAUCCUUUAGUUCCCAGUCCAACGAUGUUUGACAUGUUGCAAGAAUCUCCUGCCAACUGGAACUACGAUAUAGCAAAACAAAAAUAUUCUUUACUUGAAAUGGGAGAGAAUGCGAAAUAUCCCGGGGGAAAAAUUCUUGGUGGAUCAACAUCAAUUAACGCAAUGAAUUACUUAAGAGGAAGUCCUCAUGAUUAUGAUUCUUGGGAAGAUCAUGGAGCAAAGGGAUGGAGUUGGAAAGAUGUUGAGCCAAUUUUUAAAAAAAAUGAAAACGCCGUCGACGAAAACAUCUCAGUGAAGGCAGGAAGAGGAGGUUUACUAAAUAUCAGCAUUUCAUAUCAACAUCCGUUUUCUGUAAAGUUGAAGACGGCGGCAAAAGAAAUUGGUGUGGAAGAAGUUGAUUAUUUUGAUGAAAUCGAAGGAAUAUCUCCACUUGUUUGCACCAAACACAAGGGAAUAAGACAAUCGUCCUCAGACGCGUUCUUGCGAACGGGUUAUAAAGAACGAGAAGAAUAUUUGCACAUUGUAACAAAUGCACUUGUAAGCAAGAUUCACUUUGUUACUGGCGCAAAAAGUAAACAGAAAGCUACUGGUGUAAGUUACAUCAAAAAUGGUAAAAUAAACACCGUUGAAGCCAGGAGAGAAAUCAUUUUAUCAGCUGGUACAAUAAGAACUCCACAACUACUGAUGUUGUCAGGAAUCGGACCGAAAAAUCAUCUUGAAGAGAUGAAGAUAGAAGUUGUAGAGGAUUUGCCAGGCGUGGGAGUAAAUUUACAGGACCAUUUGGAGAUACUUGUUUUUCACGCAAUUGACGAUCACCAGUAUGCGACACAAUCAACAAUGGAAUCUAUCAUGGAAUACAUCAUGAACGGCACCGGAUAUAACUCAGCAGUUUGGGGUAGUGGUGUUGUGCUCCAUCAUAAGACAAAGUAUUUUGGAACUAAUGUGAGCCUAAGCACCAAAAAACGACCAUUUCCAAGUAUACAAGAAAUUUUUACCCCAAAGGAUGCACCAUUUCCUUUCAAAACAAAAGAAAACUAUAGGUUCAAUACUGCACUGUUAUUGGGAGUUCAGCAUCCUAAAUCAAAGGGUGAAAUUCGAUUGAAGUCGAAGAAUCCGUUUGACCAACCUAUUAUUGAUCCAAAUUAUCUAUCGGAAGAAGAUGAUAUAAAGAUGUAUAUUGAAGGAUUCAGAAAACUGGAAGAAUUCGAAAUGUCACAAACUAUGAACGAAAUUGGGUUUAGGCUGAUAACACCCGAAAUAUGCAACGGAUCGCUCUACACGAAGCCUCCCAGGCUGCAAACAGCUGGCAAAUGUAUAGAUAGCCUAUAUUACAUUACUAUUUUGGUAGCAAUUUUACUUCAAAGGCCAGAUGAAUUUUACCGAUGUUACGUGAAAAGUUAUGGUGUUGGAUAUCACGCAUGCUGUACUGCUAAAAUAGGAAAAGAAAAUGAUGAAAUGGCAGUCGUUGACGAACGACUUAGGGUUCGAUAUGUCGAGAGCCUAAGAGUUGCCGAUGCAUCCGUCAUGCCUCAUGAGACUUCAUCUAACACCCAAGCUCCUUGUUAUAUGAUUGGACGGAAAGCGUCAGAAAUGAUAAAGCAAGAUUGGAACAUAUAAUUGCAGUACCGUAACUGUACUGGAUUUCCCCCUGUCCUUGGCCUCAGAAUAAUUCGUCUAUACUUUACCACUACAAAAAUUUUGGUGCUCAUUUUGAGAGUGAUUUCUUGAGUUUGCGAUUACAAACUGGCUUAAAUGUUCAAAAUCAUAUUUAAAUUCUGCUGUUUUGAAAGUGUAUAUUCAUAGAUAAUGUUAGCCAGAUCUACCAUAUCUUUUCUGUUUUUUCUUUAAAACUGACAGUUAAGUUAUUUGAUUCAUACCUAAAUGUUGUAUACCCAACUUCAGAUUAUUGGAAACAAUAUUUCAUAUCUCUAAAAAGAAAACCUAUUGCUAUAUUCCUUUAACUUCUCCAAGGAAGCUAUUCGUCAGCUAUGGCGUUUGCAUUUAUGUGCUUGUGCUAAUCAAGGUUUUCCUGAUUUACUCAAAUAAAACUUAAAAUAUCGCGC